AUGACAAGAAGUACCAACAACAGUCAAAGAGCUGCAUCUUAUGAAAACUCCCUUGACUAUAAUUCAAGACCAAGUAACCCAAACACCACUUCAAAUCCUUCUGGGUCAAAUGCUAACAACCAGAACAAUGCAAACGAAUCAGCAAAUCAUUCUAAUCAACACCAUGAGGAGUCCAACACCCAUCAUUCCAAUUCUUCCAAACUGGGAAACAAGGAACAACAUUCAACUUCAUCCAGAAUCCUUCGUUUUAGUGGAAACCAAUCAUCCCUUAAGUACGCAAAAUCCAAAAUUUCAACCUUAGAAAGAGCAAUUCAAGCAAAAAUUAAACCAUCAGACGAACUUAAAUGUUCUGAUAUGUGGAACGCGGUAAAUCCUUAUCUCCAAGGAAAUGCAUAUGAUUGGGCUAACGACUUUUUCCAGGACCUUCAUGACAAAAUUAAAGGUCCACAUCAAAAAUAUGAUAGAUAUACCGCUGAAAAUUUAGGCGAACUUGGAGAAACCAUUGUGCUUACAUUAGAAAAGGAUGAACCAUUGACUUUAUUAGAUUACAAGAAAGCUAGCGUCGGUGCAAGAAACUCUUAUCUUAUUGAAGCUUUCAGUGUCGCAUUUGCCAAGGAAUAUAAGGCUGAACAUGAAUCUGCAAAAAUGGUUGAGAAAAUUUUUGUACUUAAACAAAGAGAAUCACUUAAUAGAUACCGUAGAAAGUUCACCAAAUUAUAUAACCAAUGUGGAAAAGUUGUCACUUUACAAGUUGCUAUUCCUUAUUUCUUUGAUGGUUUAUAUGACCCAUAUAAGAACAUGUAUCUUCAACAAUCACAAACUAUGACAACAAUUGAGGAAUUAAAUACAUUACUUUCAUCUCCAGUCUUUGAUCGAGAAAUUGAUCAGCUUUACAACAAGUACAACAAUCAUUCCAACAAUCAUUACCGUUCCAAUGGCCAUAACAAACGUUUUCCAUCCAGACCUUCAUACCGUUCCGAACCAUACAAUCCAGGUAAUCAUUCUAACUCCAAUAAAGGAUACGACAACCAACAAUCAACUUCCCACUCAACUCGUGAUCCACCUAAAUGUUUCAAUUGUGGAGAAAUUGGACAUAUCAGACCAAAUUGUCCUAACCCAAAACAACAACAACAUUACCGUCAGCCGUUAAACCAUUAA